AUGGAUCAGGGAGAUUCUCAACAAAAGACGACCAGUCUUCUCAUUAAAACGCCCAACCAGGCUCAAGAGGACCGAAAAAUCGAGGGAGUCCACCUGACGUGGACGGUGUUGGAACUAAAAACGCACUUGUCGGCUGUUUACCCAACAAAACCGGCGGUGACUGACCAGAGGCUGAUCUUUGGUGGAAAACUGCUUCCGGAUCAUCUGCACAUUAAAGAUCUCUUCAGACAGACUGACUCGGUUCCCACGCUGCACCUGGUUUGUGCCAUGAGGAAUCCCCCCCAAGGAGCACUUGGAGCCAGACCCAAGACUAAGGAGACGCAGCAGCAGCCGCCCAGUCCUCGGCCCACGCCUGUCCAGACUCCCAGCCCCCCAGAGCUGAGGCAGAGGAGGCCCGCCUCUUCCUCAGGCCCGGCACAGAGCCCCGCAUCCCCCCCGCCAGCCCCCUCAUGGCCCCCAGCUGCAAUGGCCGGAGCGCCACAGAUGACCCGUCCGGCCUUCCCCACCUACUCGCUGUACAGCCCCCAGCAGCUGCUGUGGCUGCAGCACGUUUACGCGCAGCAGUACUACAUGCAGUACCACGCGGCUUUGGUGGCGGCGGGCUCUCCGCCUUCCACGCCGCCGUCCACCGUCGGCCAGUACCCGCCCGUCCCCGCCCACCCCGUCCCCGUCCCGGCCCCGCUAGCCAACCAGAACCCCAUCGACAACUUGCCGGCCAACCAGAACGCGGGGCAGGACGGCGCCUUCAUGGACCCCGGGGAGGCCAAUCAGAACAUGCGGAUGAACGCGCAGGGCGGGCCGGUGAUGGAGGACGAGGAGGACGUGGAGCGCGACUGGCUGGACUGGCUGUACUCGGCCGCCCGGUUCGGAGUCCUGCUCAUGAUCAUUUACUUCAACUCCAACCUGAGCCGCUUCCUGCUGGUGAUGAGCACGCUCCUCCUCAUGUACCUACACAACGUCGGCUGGUUUCCGUUCAGGCGGAGAGUUCAGGUCCAACCCCCCAACCAUCUGCAGCCCGCAGAGGUCCAGCACAACCAGCAGAACGAGAACAGGGACCCCAACGGAAAUCAAGCUGACGGGCAGGAGCCGGAGGGGCCGGAGGGGGCGGGGGGGCAGGAGGCCGCGGCCCAGAUGGCUGCAGUUCUGGUCCCGUCCCACCGGGUGUCGGUCAUGUGGACGGCCUGGGUCUUCUUCAAGACCUUCUUCUCCUCUCUCAUCCCCGAGGCUCCUCAGGGCGUGGCCAACUGA